AGCAACACCGGCCAGGCUAGGCCUCUGCCCUGAGGGUGGUGUAGCCAUGGCAGGUGCAGGGCCGAGGAGAGAGGUGAUCUGACGCGGGUUUACCAGGCUCGCUCUGAGUGCCGAGUGGAGAACAGACUGUGGGGUGAGGGCCGGUGGGUUACGGUGGAGCCCAGCACGGAGGCUGCUUUCAUAUCCUGGGUGAGAGGCAGUAAUGGGUGGGACACACGUCGGCUGUGUGGACGCGAUUGGGCCAGAUUCUUUGAUGUGAGAGAGAGAGCGCGUGAGCACUAACCCCAGGUUUGGGGCCUUACCCGCUGUGAGGGUAGGUGCUCCCCCAGUGGUGAAGGGCAGGUCCGUGGUAGAAGUAACUCCCUGUGGAUAGCAGCUCACCCGUGAGCACAUGAAGGGUCUGAGAUCUCCCAGACAACAAGGCUCCUGGACCCGGAUGGGGUGCUGGGGAGGGUUCAGGGUGGAGGAGGCAGUGGCAGUGCAGUCAGGGAGCAGGAAGGGGCUGGUGAGGCCGACGCCUGGGUGAGGGGCCAGGUGUCAGUCGCCCUAAGAGGAUGGUGUGCACGCGGAAAGGCGUGUGCACUGGUGGCCCUGGGGCCUGGUACACACAGUCCUAGCGGCCUUGGGAGAACUGGCUGCCGUGGUGGGUGUGAGCUGUGGUGGGUGUGGGCAGGGAGGUGUAGGGGCGCUUAGGAGGUGCCUUCCUGCCCACCUCGCUGUGGGGGGGCACAGUGACAAAGGGGCAGGCGACAGCAGGCCCUGUGGCGCCCAGUCCUGGUACUUCCUCUGGGCUGAGGAUUAGGAAGGAAUGGGGGGCCUGAGGGAGUGUCCCUGGGGGAGGGGCUGCCCAUGGGCCCGCUCUCCCCACUGGCAGGCGCAGGUGAGCGUGGAGGACGUGUUCGUGUACUUCUCCCGGGAGGAGUGGGGGCUCCUGGACGAGGCUCAGAGGCGCCUGUACCGCGACGUGAUGCUGGAGAACUUCGCUCUUCUGGCCUCGCUGGGAUGUGCAUCUUCCAUGUCCCGUGGGGCAGCCCCCCUGGAGUGGGGCAGCGAACCCCAGGUGUCAGACUGGGCGCACGUGAGUCCAGCCAGGACCAGAGACGCUCAGAGUGGGUGUGGCCCUGGUUCUUGGCCCGGAAGGGAGGAUGAGGAGAUACCUUGUAAGCAAAGGGUUUCGGCAGAAGGAGUGUCACAGGUCAGGACUCUCAAAGCAGGCCUUUCCACCCAGCAAGCCUACCCCUGUGAGCCAGGUGGCCUGGUCUUGAAAGACAUUUCGCACUUGGCUGAGCACCAAGAAACACGCUCUGGGCAGAAACAGUGUGGGAAACAGUUCUGGUUCAGUGGGAACCUUCACCACCAGAAAAAGCAUAGUGGAGAGAAGCCCUUCAGGAAAGACGAGGGCCAGGCCUUUCUUGUGAGCAGCUGCCCUGUCCAGCCCCUGGCAGUGCCCUUUGCACCUGGAGAGGCCCGUGAGGGCUUCUCAGCUCACUCAGGCAGCUCCCAGCACCGUGCCCCCCACGGUGAGUGGAAGCCACACAGUGAUGGAAAGUGUGCGGAGGCCUUGCCCAGUGGACAAAGGCAUUACGAGUGCGGCGAAUGUGGGAAAGCCUUCAGCCGCAAAGACUCGCUCGUCCAGCACCAGAGAGUCCACACUGGAGAGAGGCCGUACGAGUGCAGCGAAUGUGGGAAAACCUUCAGCCGCAAACCCAUACUUGCCCAGCACCAGCGAAUCCACACUGGAGAAAUGCCCUACGCGUGUGGCAUCUGUGGGAAAGUGUUUAACCACAGCUCCAACCUUAUUGUACACCAACGAGUUCACACUGGAGCGAGGCCUUACAAAUGCCGUGAGUGUGGGAAAGCCUACAGCCACAAAUCCACGCUUGUUCAGCACGAGAGCGUCCACACUGGAGAGAGGCCGUACGAGUGCAGCGAAUGUGGGAAGUACUUUGGGCACAAAUACAGACUCAUCAAACACUGGGGCGUUCACACCGGGGCCCGGCCGUACGAGUGCAUCGAGUGUGGGAAAUUCUUUACCCAAAGCUCCGACCUCGUUGCGCACCAGAGGGUCCACAAUGGGGAGAAGCCCUAUGUGUGCGGCGAGUGUGGGAAAGCCUUUAGCCACAAGCACGUGCUCAUUCAGCACCACAGAAUCCACACUGGAGAGAGGCCGUAUAAGUGCAGUGAGUGUGGGAAGGCCUUCAGGCAGAGGGCUUCCCUCAUCCGACAUUGGAAAGUCCACACUGGAGAAAGGCCAUAGGCUAGCGGGGAGUGUGCCUGUCCGUGGUCACGAGUGACUGGCGUCAGAGAGAAGCUCUGCGAGCCGCCUUGGAGAGUAGCCAUCAGCCGGAAGUUGACCCCCAUCCCUGUGAACACCCACCCCAGGAAGAUUCCUCUGAGGGACGGUCCCUCCACGGGAAGCUUUCUGGAGCAAUGUGGCACGUCAUCGCCUGCCCAGCACCCCUGUCACUGCCAGAGUCUGCAAGGCAGGGCCCCCCAUGUUGAGCGAACAUCGGCCAACAUGCUCUGCUAGGCAGACCUGUACUCCCCUUGCCAACAGGGGAUCCUCAGUAUCCCGGGCCCAUUGAUCCUCACUCCUUCCUGCUCCCCCCGCCAGCCCUGCCCCAGCGGGUUUAGGUGUGGACAUGACCCAGUUUCAGCCAGGACAGAGGAUGUGAGUGUUGUUUUGCUGGCCACUUGCAGGGGAGUUUCUCAGUUCUCGUGGACUUUGUUGGUCUCAGGUGGCACUCCUCGUGGGCGUGUCCAGCCUCCAGGUCACCUGACUUGGGAAUGGCCUGCCCCGAUGUUCUGGUUUUGCAGCACAUGCCUUAGUUUUGAAGUCACCUUUGAUCUUGGGGGUUCAGUUCACUCUGGGCCAGUGGAGGACAGUGUGGGCUCUGCCCGCACGAGGGUUGGAGAGCUUCUGUGAGACGCCCAGCGAGUCGGCUCAGUGCAGUGGGCAGCUCUCGUUCUGGUUUCAGCCCAACUGGCAUCGCUGCUCAAGGCCGCCUAGGGGAGAUGCCCAUCUCUGAGGCCCGACCUUGUGACCCGUAUGCAAGGUCAUCUGUGAGACCUUGAGCGGGGGAAUUUGCUGUGACAACCUCAGGUGUGUCUGGGAACAGCCAGGAACAACAAAUCCAUGUUUCACAUUUCCCUCCUUGGCAGAACCUGACCCCUGCGGCCUGGCAACAUCCCCAAAGCGUCUUCUUCAGUAGGUAGAUGUCCCUGUCCCCUAAAAGGACCAGGUAGGCGUCAUAAUUGUACAGAGUCGCCGAUUAUGAGGGAGUUGGGAGACUGCAGCAGAUGGCGGGAUGUGACUUCCUAAAGUGUUUCCACAAACAUUUCACAAUGACUUUGGUAGGAGGGCUUCCAGGAACUCUCAGGGCUGACAUAGUUGUCUCUCUCACGGCUGUGCUCACUCUCAGAGCAAUUGAUUAAACAUUUUCUGUAAUAAAGUACACAUGGUGUGAAAUUUGACAAGUUCCAACGUGUUUGCAUCUGUGAAACCAAGUUUCCCGAUUGCCUUGAUAAUCCCUCUCCCCUCUCCCACUCCCAGGCAAACAAGAAUCUUGUUUUCUGUCACUAGAUUACUUUGCAUUUCCUAGAAUUUUAUAUAUAGAUGGACUAAUUUAAUAAUAUAUGUCUGGUUUUGA